AUGUCGCCCGUGACCUCCACGUUUCCAGAAAGUAGCUCCUCCCAAGAGACCACCUCCGUGACAGCCACAAGCAGGGUCCUCCCCCAAGUACCCACUGCGGAUACUACUCACAUCUCUGGGACAGAUGCUGCCGCCUCAGGCACCAGACCCUCUUCAGGCCCAGGGAAGGCCAAAGAGUCACACGGCAUCACCCCAGUAAUCACCACCGAGCUCCUUGCCUCCCCUGCCACCUCACCAUCUGCACAAGUGACCAUCACAACCCACACAGGUACCCCCAGUUCUAAAUCACCGGGUAGCCUUACGGAGGAGCCAUCAAGCGCACUCUCCUGGCAGGGUCCUCAGUCAACAAGGAGCCAGGGAUUUCCACGAUCAGAGGGGACCACUCCAGUGAGCACAGGGCUUCAGGAGGACUCACGGACCACUCAUCCCCCUGUGGUGGAAACCAGCUCUGUCUCUUCCCUGCUGUCCUCGCCUGCCAGCGCCUCUCCUUCUCCUGUCCCCUCCACAUUCCCAGACAGGGCCCCCUCCUCUGCUCCUCCGGUGACCUCCCUUCCAACCUCUGGCCUGGCCAUAACCUUGCAGACGCUGGUCAUGAGCCACACAGCUGAAACCAGCUCAACUCUGAAUAUCAGUGGCUCAACAUACUACACGCAGGCCACUCCUGAAGCACCUGCACGUACAAGAGCAGGGCCUCCUUCUGCACACACUGAGGUCACCCACAUCAGGAGUCCAAGCUCGGGACAUGGAUCCCCAUCCUCUGGACCAGGUGACUGGGAUACAUCUGGGGUCACAUCUCCAGUGGCUACUAUCUCCACCAGGGAAGAUUCCACUCCUUCCACAGCAGUUGGCCAAGCCUCCGGGACCGGACAUGUUCCAAUGGAGCCAAGGUCACCCCUGACCUCCACACAAAAAGAGACCAGCUCCUCUCAGGACGCCCUGUCUGCAGCCCCACAGACAAGCACUGUCCAUUCUGCUGGGACCAUACAGGCCACUGCUGAGGUCCCCACACCAGCAGUCAUCUCUUCCACCACGAUAUCUGACUCAGACCAGCAGAGGUCCACAGCGUCGCCUCACAUCAGAACACCAAUGACCACCCAGUCCUUGACCACCCCUCUCACAAUGGCAUCUGUACAGGGGACUGCAAUGACCCCAGUGGGUGUUUCCAUGUCCACGUCACAGGAGGUCCUGGACUCAGACACACGAACCAAAUCCCCCCUAGGAGGGACUCCCCUCACCAGGUCUCAGCGAUUUCCACACUCACACACCAGCACUCUAGUGAGCUGGGCUCCAGACACCACAUCAAGGACCAGACCUGGCCCUGUGGCAGAAAGCAGCCCUGCUCCUACCCUGCAACCUUCAGUGGCCAGGACCUCACCUUUCCCUGUGGCCUCCACCUUGGGAGACAGCACCCCCUCCUCGCCUCCUCCCGUGACUUCCCUCCUCACCUCUGCCUUGCUGCCCACCUUAGACAGCUUGAGCACCAGCCCACCACGUAGGACCACUGCAUGUCCAAACUUCAGCAGCUCCUCCCAUGAGCUCCUGGCCAUGGACAGCAGCACAGCCAGCACGGAAGCAGUGAUUCAUUCCACCCGCACAGUCGCUACCCACACAGGGACCAGCAGUGCAGCACACGCAUCCCAUACCCCUUUCCCAACGGGCUCAGAGACAUCCAAGGCCAAAUCUCCGAUGGUCAUCACCUCCCCCAGGGAAGAUUCCACGUCCUCCAUUUCACCCACGCACAUCUUUCAGGCGACUCAAAUUCAAACACAGCCAACUUCGCACCUGACCUCCGCAUUCCAAGAAAGUAGCUCCUCCCAGGAGACCGCCAGGGUGACAGCCAUAAGCAGUGUCCUCUCCCAGGUACCCACUGCAGCUACUACUCACAUCUCCAGGACAGACACUGCCUCCUUGGGCACCAGACCCACCUCAGGCCCGGGGAAGUCCACAGAGUCACCCGGCGUCACCCCAGGAACCACCGCCGAGCUCCUUGCCUCCCCUGCCACCUCACCUUCUGCACAAGUGACCAUCACGACCCACAUAGGUCCCCCUAGGUCUGCAUCGCUGGGUAACCUUACCGGGGAGCCAUCAAGCACACCCUCCUCACAAGCGCCUCAGUCGACAAGGAGCCAGGGAUUUCCAUGCUCAGAGGGGACCACUCCAGGGAGCACAGGACCUCAGGAGGACUCACGGACCACUCAUCCCCCUAUGGGGGAAACCAGCUCUGCCUCUUCCCUGCCGUCCUCGCCUGCCAGUGCCUCUCCUUCUCCUGUCCCCUCCACAUUCCCAGACAGGGCCCCAUCUUCUGCUCCUCCCAUGACCUCCCUUCCCACCUCUGGCCUGACCACAACCAUAGAAAUUCUGGGCACAAGCCACACACCCGGAGCAAGCUCGACUCUGAAUUUCAGUGUCUCCACACACAACAUGCAAGCCACUCCUGAAGCACCUGCACAUACAAGAGCAGGGCCUCCUUCUGGACACGUCACGGUCACCCACGUCAAGACCCCGAGCUCAGGACAUGGAUCCCUGUCCUCUGCCCCAGGUGACCGGGAGAUAUCCAGCAUCACAUCUCCAGUGGCUGCUGACUCCACCAGGGAAGAUUCCAUUCCUUCCACAGCAGCUGGCCAAACCUCUGGGACCGGACAUGUUCCAACGGAGCCAACGUCACUCCUGGCCUCUGCACAGAGGGAGAGCACCUACUCUCAGGACACUCUGUCUACAACCCCACAGACAAGCCCUGUCCAUUCUGCUGGGACCACACGGGCCACCUCUGAGGUCCCUGAACUGGGAAUCAACUCCUCUGCCAUGACAUCCGACACAGAUCAGGAGAGGUCCACAGCGUUGCCUGGCAUCAGAACACCAAUGACUACCCAGCCCUUGACCACCCCUGUCAUGACAGCAUCUGUACAGGAGCCAGCCGCCACCCCAAUGGGUGCUCCAGGGUCCACAUCACAGGAGGCCCUGGCCUCAGAUACAGUCACCACAUCAUCCCAGGGAAGGACUCUCCUGACCAGGUCUCAGCCACUUCCACACUCACCGACCAGUACUCUUGUGAGCUGGGCUCAGGGGACAGCGUCGUGGACCACACCUGGCCCUGUGGCAGAAACCGACCCUGCUCCACCCCUGCGGCCUUCGGCUGCUGGGACCUCACCUUCCCCUAUGGCCUCCACCUUGGGAAUCAGCAUCCCCACCUUGCCUCCUCUGGUGACUUCCCUCCUCACCUCUGCCUCACCGCCUACCUUAGGCAUCUUGGGCACCAGCCCACCACAUGGGACCAGUGCACAUCCAAACUUCAGCAGCUCCUCCCGUGAGCUACUAGCCACGGACAGCAGCACAGCCCGCUCAGAAGCAGUGAGUCCUUCCACACCCACAGUCGCCACCCACAAGGGGACUACCAGUGCCGGACACGCAUCCCAUUCCCCUUUCACAGUGGGCUUAGAGACAUCCAAGGCCACCUCUCCGAAGGUCAUCACCUUCACUGGGGAAGAUUCCACGCCAUCCACUUCACCCGCACACAUCUCUCAGGUGACUAAACUUCACACACAGCCAAUGUGGCCUCUGACCUCCGCAUUCCAAGAAAAUAGCUCCUCCCAGGAGACCACCUCGGUGACAGCCACAAGCAAUGUCCUCUCCCAGGUACCCACUGCAGCUACUACUCACAUCUCUGGGACAGAUGCUGCCUCCUCGGGCACCAGACCCACCUCAGACCCGGGGAAGUCCACAGAGUCACCCGGCAUCACCCCAGGAAUCACCACCAAGCUCCUCACUUCCUCUGCUGUCUCAGCAUUGGCACAAGUGACAAUCAAGAACCACACAGGUCCCCCCGGGUCUGCAUCACACAGCAGCCUUACUGGGGAACCAUCAAGCACACCCUCCUGGCAAAGGCCUCAGUCAACAGGGAGCCAGGGAGUGCCAAGCUCAGAGGGGACCACUCCAGGGAACACAGGGCCUCAGGAGGACUCACAAACCACUUAUCCCCCUGUGAUGGAAACCAGGUCUGCCUCUUCCCUGCUGUCCUCGCCUGCCAUCACCUCUUCUUCUCCUGUCCUCUCCACAUUACCAGACAGCGCCCCCUCCUCUGCUCCUCCUGUGACCUCCUUACCCACCUCUGGCUUGGCCACAACCUUGCAAAUGCUGGGUGUGAGCCACACACCUGGAGCCAGCUCACAUCCCAGUUCCAGCAGCUCCACACAUGACGCGUGGGCCACUCCUGAAGCACCUGCACUUAUAAGAGCAGGGCCUCCUUCAGCGCACACCGCAGUCACCCACGCCAGGACCCUGAGCUCGGGACAUGGAUCCUCAUUCUCAGGCCCAGGUGACCAGGAAACAUCCAGGGUCACAUCUCCUGUGGCUGCUAGGGAAGAUUCCACUCCUUCCACAGUCUCUGGCCAAACCUCUGGGAACGGACAUGUUUCAACAAAGCUUAGUUCACCCCUGGCCUCCAUACAGACAGAGACCAGCUCCUCUCAGGACGCCCUGUCUGCAGCACAACAGACAAGCAAGGUCCAUUCUACUGGGAUGGUGGGGGCCACCGCUGAGGCCCCUGCACCACCAGCAGCCAUCUCCUCUGCAACCACGAUGCCAGGCCAGGAGAGGGCCACAGUGUUGCCUCGUGUUGGAACACCAAUGACCACCCAGCCCUUGACCACCCCUGUCAUGACGGCAUCUGCACAGGCGACUACUGCCACCCCAAUGGGUGCUCCCGGGUCCAUGUCACAGGUGGCCCUGGCCUCGGACGCAGCAACCACAUCACCCAGGGGAGGGAGACCCCUGACUGGGUCUCAACGAUUUCCACAGUUGCCAACCAGCACUCUAGUGAGCUGGGCCCUGGAGACCGCGUCGUGGACUGGACCGAGCCCUGGGACAGAAACCAGCCCUGCUCUGACCCUGCGACCUUUGGCUGCUGGGACUUCACCUUUCCCUGUGGCCUCCACCUUGGGAGAGAGAAUCUACACCUCGCCUCCUCCCGUGACUUCCCUCCUCACCUCUGCCUCGCUGCCCACCUUAGACAACUUGGGCACCAGCCCACCACGUGGGACCAGUGCAAGUCCAAACUUCAGCAUCUCCUCCCGUGAGCUCCCAGCCAUGGUGGGCAUCAUGGCCCACACAGAAGCAGUGAGUCCUUCCACGUGCACAGUCGCCACCCACACGGGGACCGCAAGUCCGGGAGACACAUCCCAUACCCCUUCCCCAGCGCGCUCAGAGACAUCCAAGGCCAUAUCUCUGAAGGUCAUCACCUCCCCCAGGGAAGAUUCCAUGCUCUCCAUGUCACCUGCACACAUCUCUCAGGCGACUCAAAUUCACACAUGGCCAACAUCAUCCCUCACCUCCACGUUUCAAGAAAGUAGCUACUCUCAGGAGACUGCCUCAGUGACAGCCAAAAGCAGUGUCGUUUCCCAGGUACCCACUGCAGUUACUACUCACAUCUCCGGGACAGAUGCUGCCUCCUCAGUCACCAGACCCACCUCACGCCCAGGGAAGUCCACAGAGUCACCCGGCGUCACCCCAGGAACCAUUGCUGAGCUCCUCACUUACUCUGCCACCUCAGUAUCAGCACAAGUGAUCACGACCCACACAGGUCCCCCCACGUCUGCAUCGCUGGGUAGCCUUACCAGGGAGCCAUCAAGUGCAACCUCCUGUCAAGGGCCUCAGUCAAAAAGGAGCCAGGGAUUUCCACGCUCAGAGGGAACCACUCCAGGGAGCACAGGGCCUCAGGAGGGCUCACAGACCACUCAUCUCCCAGUGGAGGAAACCAGCUCUGUCUCUUUCCUGCUGUCCUCGCCUGUCAUCUCCUCUCCUUCUCCUGUCUCCUCCACAUUCCCAGACAGGGCCUCUUCCUCUGCUCCUCCCAUGACCUCCCUUCCCACCUCUGGCCUGGCCACAACCUUGCACAUGCUAGGCGCGAGCCAUAAACCUGGAGCCAGCUCUCCACUGCAUUUCAGCGGCUCCUGGCACGACACGCAGGCCACUCCUGAAGUAUCUGCACAUACAAGAGUAGGGCCUCCUUCUGUACACACCACGGUCACCCACUGCAGGAUCCCAAGCUCAGAACGAGGAUCCCCGUCCUCUGGUCCAGGUGACUGGGAGAUAUUCGGGGUCACGUCUCCACUGGUUGCUAUCUCCACCAGGGAAGAUUCCACUCCUUACACAGUCUCUGGCCAAACUUCUGGGACUGGACAUGUUUCAACGAAGCUUAGUUCACCCCUGGCCUCCAUAUGGACAGAGACCAGCUCCUCUCAGGACGCCCUGUCUGCAGCACAACAGACAAGCACUGUCCAUUCUGCUGGGACCGCGUGGGCCACCACCAAGGCCUCUGCGCCAUCAGCAGCCAUCUCCUCUGCAACCACGACGCCAGGCCAGGAGAGGGCCACAGUGUCGCCUCGCGUAGGAACACCAACGACCACCCAGCCCUUGACUGCCCUUGUCAUGACGGCAUCUGCACAGGCGACCACUGCCACCCCAAUGGGUGCUCCUCGGUCCAUAUUACAGGGGGCCCUGGCCUCGGACACAGCCACCACAUCCCCCAGGGGAGGGAGACACCUGACCGGGUCUCAGCAAUUUCCACACUCGCUGACCAGCACUGUUGUGAGCUGGGGCCUAGAGACCGCGUCAUGGAGCAGACCUGGCGUUGGAGUAGAAACCAGCACUGCUCGGACCCUGCAGCCUCCAGCUGCCAGGACCUCACCUUCCCCUGUGGCCUUCACCUUGGGAGAAAGCAUCCCCACCUCACUUCCUCCCGUGACUUCCCUCCUCACCUCUGCCUCACUGCCCACCUUAGAUAGCUUAGGCACCAGCCCACCACGUGGGACUAGUGCACGUCCAAACUUCAGCAGUUCCUCCCGUGAGCUACCAGCUAUGGUGGGCAUCAAGGCCAGCACAGAAGCAGUGAGUCCUUCCACGCACACAGUCACCACCCACACGGGGACCGCCAGUGCGGGAAGCACAUCCCUUUCCCCUUUCCCAGCGGGCUCAGAGACAUCCAAGGCCAAGUCUCCGAUAGUUAUCGCCUCCACUGGAGAAGAUUCCACGCCCUCCACUUCACCUGCGCACAUCUCUCAGGCAACUCAAAUUCACACACAGCCAACAUCGUCCCUGACCUCCGCAUUCCGAGAAAUUAGAUAUUCCCAGGAGACCACGUCGGUGAAAGCCACAAGCAGUGUCCUCUCCCAGGUACCCACUAUAGCUACUACUCACAUCUCCGGGACAGAUGCUGCCUCCUUGGGCACCAGACCCACCUCGGGCCUGGGGAAGUCCACCGACUCACUGGGCGUCACCCCAGGAAUCACCACCGAGCUCCUCACCUCCUCUGCCGCCUCAGCAGAAGUGACCAUCACGACCCACACAGGUCCCCCUUGGUCUGUAUCACGUGGGAGUCUUCCUGGGGAGACAUCAAGCACACCCUCCUGGCAAGGGUCUCAGUCGACAAAGAGCCAGGGAUUUCCACAAUCAGAGGGGACCACUCCAGGGAAUACAGGGCGUCAGGAGGACUCACAGACCACUCAUCCCCCUAUGGAGGAAACCAGCUCUGUCUCUUCCCUGCUGUCCUCGCCUGCCAUCGCCUCUCCUUCUCCUGUCUCCUCCACAUUCCCAGACAGGGCCCCCUCCUCUGGUCCUCCUGUGACCUCCCUUCCCACCUUAGUCCGGGAUACAACCUUGCACACGCUGGCCGUGAGCCACACACCUGGAGCCAGCUCAUCUCCCAGUUUCAGCGGCUCCACGCACAACAUGCGGACCACUACUGAAGCACUUGCACGUACAAGAUCAGGGCCUCCUUCCGCACAUGCUGCAGUCACCCAAGUGAGGACCCCGAGCUCGGGACAUGGAUCCCAGUACUCUGGCCCAGGUAACCAGGAAACAUCCAGCGUCACAUCUCCACUGGCUGCCAUUUCCAUCAGGGAAGAUUCCACUUCUUCCACAGCAGCAGGCCAAACCUCUGGGACCGGACAUGUUCCAACGGAGCCAUGUUCACUCCUGGCCUCUGCACAGAGGGAGACCAGCUCUUCUCAGGACGCCCUGUCUUCUGUCCCACAGACAACCACUGUCCAUUCUGCUGGGACCAUGCAGGCCACCACUGAGGUCCCCGUGCCGGCAGCCAUCUCCUCUGCCAGCACAUCUGACUCAGACCAGGAAAGGUCCACAGCGUUGCCUCGCAUGAGAAUACCAAUGACCAGCCAGCCCUUGACCGCCCCUCUCAUGACAGCAUCUGCAAAGGGGACCACCACCACCCCAACGGGUGCUCCUGGAUCCACGUCACAGGGGGCCCUGGCCUCAGACACACCAACCACAUCCCCCCGGGGAGGGACUCCCCUGACCGGGUCUCAGCCACUUCCAUACUCGCUGACCAGCACUCUUGUGAGCUGGGCUCCGGAGACCGCAUCAUGGACCGAACCUGGCCCUGUAACAGAAAUCAACCCUGCUCUGACCCUGCGGCCUUCAGCUGUGGCCUCCACCAUGGGAGACAGCAUCCCCACCUCCACUCCUCCCGUGACUUCCCUCAUCACCUCUACCUCGCUGCCCACCCUAGAGAACUUGGGCAGUAGCCCAUGUUGUGGGACCAGUGCACAUCUAAACUUCAGCAGCUCCUCCGGUGAGCUACUGGCCACAGACAGCAUCACGGCCUUCUUGGAAGCAGUGAGUCCUUCCACGCGCACAGUCGCCACCCACAUGGAGACAGCCAGUGCGGGACACACAUCCCAUUCCCCUUUCCCAGUGGGUUCAGAGAAAUCCAAGGCCACCUCUCUGAAGGUCAUUACCUCCACUAGGGAAGAUUCCACACCCUCCACUUCACCCGCACACAUCUAUCAGGCGACCAAACUUCACACACAGCCAACAUCACCCCUGACUUCUGCAUUUCGAGAAAUUAGAUAUUCCCAGGAGACCGCCUUGGUGACAGCCACAAGCAGUGUCCUCUCCCAGGUACCCACUGUAGCUACUACUCACAUCUCUGGGACAGAUGCUGCCUCCUCAGGCACCAGACCCACCUUGGGCCCUGAGAAGUCCACAGAGUCACCUGGCAUCACCCCAGGAACCACCGCCAAGCUCCUCACUUCCCCUGCUGCCUCACCAUCUGCACAAGUGACCAUCACGAACCACAUUCAUCCCCCUGGGUCUGCAUUGCUGGGUUGCCCUCCCAGGGAGCCAUCAAGUGCACCCUCCUGGCAGAGGCCUCAGUCAACAAGCAGCCAGGGAUUUCCACAGUCAGAGGGAACCACUCCAGGGAGCACAGGGCUUCAGGGGGGCUCACAAACCACUCAUUCCCCUGUGGGGGAAACCAGGUCUGCCUUUUCCCUGCUGUCCUCACCUGCCAUUGCCUCUCCUUCUCCUGUCUCCUCCACAUUCCCAGACAGGGCCCUCUCCUCUGCUCCUCCGGUGAUCUCCCUUCCCACCUCUGGCCUGGCCACAACCUUGCCCAUGCUGGGCGCGAGCCACACACCUAGAGCCAGCUCACAUCCCAGUUUCAGCAGCUCCACGCACGACAUGCAGGCCACUCCUAAAGCACCUGCAAGUACAGGAGCAGGGCCUCCUUCAGCACACGCCGUGGUCACCCACAUCAGGACCCCAAGCUCGGGAUGUGGAUCCCCGUCCUCUGGUCCAGGUGACCGGGACACAUCCGGGGUCACAUCUCCAAUGGCUGCUAUCUCCACCAGGGAAGAUUUCACUCCUUCCACAGCAGCUGGCCAAAUCUCCGGGAUCGGAUAUGUUCCAACGGAGCCAAGGUCACCCCUGGGCUCCGCACAAAAAGAGACCAGCUCUUCUCAGGACACCCUGUCUGGAACCCCACAGACAAGCACUGUCCUUUCUGCUGGGUCUGCGCGGGCCACCACUGAAAUCUCUGUGCCGGCAGCCAUCUCCUCCGCCACCAUGUCCAACUCAGGCCAGCAGAGGUCCACAGCAUCAUUUCGCGUCCUAACACCAAUGACCACCCAGCCCUUGACCGCCCCUCUCAUGAAGGCAUCCAUACAGGGGACCACUGCCACCCCAACAGGUGCUCCCGGGUCCACAUCACAGGAGGUCCUAGACUCGGACACACGAACCAAAUCCCCCUGCAGAGGGACUUCCCUCACCGGGUCUCAGCGAUUUCCACACUCACCCACUAGCACUCUAGUGAGCUGGACUCCAGACACCGCCUCGUGGACCAGACCUGGCCCUGUGGCAGGAACCAGCCCUGCUCCAACCCUGCGACCUUCAGCUGCCGGAACCUCACCUUCCCCUAUGGCCUCCACCUUGGGAGACAGAACCCCCACCUCGCCUCUUCCCAUGACUUCCCUCCUCACCUCUGCCUUGCUGCCCACCUUAGACAGCUUGGGCAGUAGCCCGCCACAUAGGACCACUGCACGUCCAAACUUCAGCAGCUCCUCCCGUGAGCUCUUGGCCACGGACAGCAGCAUGGCCAGCAUGGAAGCAGUGAGUCAUUCCACCCACACAGUCGCCACCCACAAGGAGACCAGCAGUGUGGCACAUGCAACCCAUUCCCCUUUCCCAAUGGGCUCAGAGACAUCCAAGGCCACGUCUGUGCUGGUCAUCACCUCCACUGGGGAAGAUUCUAUGCCCUCCACUUUUCCCACGCACAUUUCUCAGGCGACUCAAAUUCAAACACAGCCAAUUUCACCCCUGACCUCCACAUUCCAAGAAAGUAGCUCCUCCCAGGAGACCGCCUGGGUGACAGCCACAAGCAGUGUCCUCUCCCACGUACCCACUGCAGCUACUACUCACAUCUCCAGGACAGACACUGCGUCCUCAGGCACCAGACUUACUUCAGGCCUGGGGAAGUCCACAGAGUCACCCAGUGUCACCCCAGGAACCAUCGCCGAGCUCCUUGCCUCCCCUGCCACCUCACCAUCUGCACAAGUGACCAUCAAAACCCACACAGGUUUCCCUGAGUCUGCUUCGCUGUGUAGCCUUACCGGAGAGCCAUCAAGCACACCCUCCUGGCAAGGGCCUCAGUCGACAAAGAGCCAAGGAUUUCCACAAUCAGAGGGGACCACUCCAGGGAGCACAGAGCCUCAAGAGGACUCACAGACCACUCAUCCCCCUAUGGGGGAAACCAGCUCUGUCUCUUUCCUGCUGUCCUCGCCUGCCAUCACCUCUCCUCCUCCUGUCCCUUCCACAUUCCCAGAAAGAGCCCCCUCCGCUGCUCCUCCCAAGACCUCCCUUCCCACCUCUGGCCUGGCCACAACGUUCCACAUGCUGGGUGCGAGCCACACACCUGGAGCCAGCUCACCUCCGAGUUUCACCAGCUCCAUGCACGACACGCAGGCCAUUCCUGAAGCACCUGCACGUACAGGAGCAGGGCCUCCUUCCGCACACACCACUGUCACCCACGUCAGAACCCCAAGCUUGGGACGUGGAUCCCCGUCCUCUGGCCCAGGUGACCAGGAGACAUUCAUGGUCACAUCUCCAGUGGCUGCUAUCUCCACCAGGGAAGAUUUGGGCACCAUACCCACCUCAGGCCUAGGAACUGAUGGUCAUAUAGAACACAUCACAAAGAUACCCAGUGAAGCAGCACAUAGAGGUACCUUAGGGCCAGUCAAGGGACCUCUAGCAUCCACAUCACCUGCUAGCACCAGAGGAGGAACAGAAAGAGCAGAGACUACUGCCACAGCUCUAAAGACCAUCACUGCAGCCACCCUGACCGCCAGAGUCUACACAUCUACCUCAAGAACACUGACUUUCCUCAAGACAUCAGUGCAAACAUCUACCACAAGCACAGCAGGAAUGACUACCACAACCCCAGGUGUUUCCCCUGAUGUUUCAGAGAUGACAACCUCAUUGGCCACCAGACUUGAAACAGAGACUGGCACAGGUAUUCCCAGGAUAACCCCAACUGUUUUCAAUAGAGAACCAGAGACCACAGUCCCACUGGUACCCAAUUCUGGGGCAGAGACAAGUCCAACUGUUCAAAUUGCUUCCUCUGGUGAGCUGAACACAACAGUCUCAUGGAUCUCCCAACCCAUAGAAACCACCUCAAUUAUUUCCAAGGCAACACUAAAUGUUUCCUACAGUGAAUCAUACACCACUCCGUCAACAACCACCAGUCCUGAUGCAGAAGUCAGUACAGCUGUCCCAACUCCAGCUGCUUCCCGUGAUGUACCAGAUACAGUGACCUCAAUGACUACUAGUCCUGUGGCAGAGACAAGUAUGGUUACUCCAACAGAUUCUCCAGAUGAACCAGAGACCACAGCUUCAGAGGUCACCCAUCCCAGUUCACAGACCAGUUAUUCCAUUCUUACUUUGACUGUCUCUCCUAGUGUGCCAGGGUCAGUAACCUCACUGGACACUAGUUCUGGGGCAGAGACCAGCCCAGGUGUUCAAACCCUGACUGUUUCCCCUAGUAAGCCAGCGGCGAUUCCUCCUCUGGUGCCAUUCACCCUCAAUUUCACCAUCACUAACCUGCAGUACCAGGAGGACAUGCAGCGUCCAGGUUCCCAGAAGUUCAACAACACCGAGGGGGUCCUGCAGGGUCUGCUCAAACUCUUUCUCAAGAAUAGCAGUCUAGGAAACCUCUAUUCAGGCUGCAGACUAGCCUCGCUCAGGUCUGAGAAGGAUGGGACAGCCACCAGAGUGGAUGCCAUCUGCACACAUCGUCCUGACCCCAAAGGCUUCAGACUGGACAGAGAGAAGAUCUACUGGGAACUGAGCAAGAUGACCCAUGGAAUCACGAAUCUGGGUCCCUAUCUCCUGGACAAGGACAGCCUCUAUGUUAAUGAAUUCACCCAUCAGAGAUCUGUGCCUGUCAGCAGCAGUGAGUAUUCAACAGAUGACCCAUACCCCUAA